CGGGAUAUCGCCCUCCUCUCUGUUCUUCCUUUUCCCCUCCACAAAUCCAGUUUCUCACACACACACCCAGACAGAUGGCUGCAAUGCAUCAGCUGCCUGCUGCGGGGCAUCGAGCUUCUCCCUUCAACUCUUCCUCCUCUGCCGCAUCAAUUCCCCAUCAGGGCGCAGUGUUGUUGCCUCGCCGCUACAGCAGCAGAAGGCUUCCUUUGCGUGUUAAAGCAGAGGCUGCUCCCACUUCCCAACAAGAAGCAUCUGGGAGAAGGCAAGCACUAAUUCUAGGAACUAUUUCAAUUGUUGGCUCCCAAUCUGCUAAUUUUCCAUCAUUUGCUGCAGAGGCUAAAAAAGGAUUUCUAGCUGUCUUGGAUAAGAAGGAUGGCUACUCAUUUUUGUACCCAUUUGGAUGGCAGGAAGUUGUCAUUCAAGGACAAGAUAAAGUUUUCAAGGAUGUAAUUGAACCAUUAGAAAAUGUUAGUGUCAAUAUGGUUGUGACUAACAAGCAAAGUAUUAAAGAACUUGGACCCCCACAAGUGGUUGCUGAGGCUUUGGUCAAAAAGGUUUUGGCUCCUGCUUCACAGAAAACAAAGUUGAUUGAAGCUGCAGAGCGUGAUGUUGACGGCAGAGCUUACUACACCUUUGAGUUCAUUGCUCAGGCUCCUAACUUUACUAGGCAUGGCCUUGGUGCAAUUUCUAUUGCAAACGGUAAGUUUUACACAUUGACAACAGGAGCCAAUGAAAGGAGAUGGGAGGCGAUGAAGGACAAGCUACGCGAGAUGGUUGAUUCCUUUAAGACCUUCGAUGUUUGAGAGGCAUCAAGAGAGAUUGCUGUAUUAUUCUUUAGCUUCUUUUCUUUUUUCCAUGGCAAUCUCUUUCGUUUCAUGUAUCCCCGACUUUUUCAGUUGUGAUUCAGACUUGCAUCUUUGCACACUACUCACUAGCUGCAUACAUUUUUGCUCACUUUUUCCCUACACUGUAGAUGUAAUAUUUUCAAUUUUAACAUUUCGAGUAACUUUAUGAA